AUGUCUGACUACGGCGGUGACGACCACGAGGAAAACUUCGACUACGAGCCUGUUGAGGAGGUUUUCGAAGAAAAUGAGCCCGGUGACUUGGUCGAUCAAGAUGACUACGAAGGACACGACGGAGAACUCCCUGAGGAGCACGGCAUCAACGGCGAGAAUGUCGUUGUAUCAGGCGACCCCAAUUCCGGUUACUCAGGCAAGGUCAUGGAACAGACGCGCGAGAUGAAGAUCCCCAAUGACCAGCGCACUACCACCCCGUACUUGACCAAGUACGAGCGUGCGCGUGUUCUCGGCACCCGAGCUCUGCAGAUCAGUAUGAACGCUCCCGUCCUCGUUGACCUCGAGGGUGAAACCGACCCUCUUCAGAUCGCGAUGAAGGAAUUGAACCAGAAGAAGAUUCCUCUCAUCAUUCGACGGUAUCUACCGGAUGGAAAGUAUGAGGACUGGACUUGCGAGGAGCUUCUUUAA